AUGUACAGCUCGCGAUCUGAUCCCCAAUACCCAUCAGCCAUGCCAAACCCACCGUUUCCCGGUACCGUUCCCCCCGAAGAGUCUUCGUACAACACCCCUUCUCGUUCGCCGAAUUAUCAAGACAACGGCAUUGAUUAUCAGCCUCCUCACUACCCUUCGCCGUCGUCUCAGCCAGGAGAGUGGGAUCCUGGUGCAAAUUUCUUCGAAGCUUCCUCCCGGGGAGUGGCAUCUGACUUUUCGCCAGGCCACACAGCUCCAAACACCCACGUCCCCCCAGGCUUUACCUAUACCGGCCACGCUCCUCACCAUCGUGACCCGCUUAACCCUCUUCCUGACGCAUUUAAUCGCCCGCCCAAUCCAUCUUGCACUUACUAUCCGUUGUCCUCUCCGAUUCAUUUGCCAUCAAAGAACCGAGAAAAUCUAACAGAGGGUUUCGUCCCCAUUCUCCCUGCUCCUCAAGAACUCCUUGCGCAUGACGUCCUCCCAGCAGACUUUUCUCGCCUUCUUGAAGACUGUCACCUGAUGGGCAAGUUAUCGCUCAUGGAGAAGGUCGGGGCGGAAAUCCUACCCGAGUUCAUGUCGCUCGCACCGGGCAUGGGUUUCUUCGUCACACACGCACUCAAAGGAAAGAUGGCCACGAAGAAGGUGCAGAGCGCAGAAGGUUUGGUGGAGGUGUGGGACGAGACGUUCUUCAGACCCAGAGGCUUGACGGUCCGGGUUCAGGUGGGCAAGGAUGAUGAUGCACACGAGCAUGUAGAGCAAAUACAUCAUGGCGAGGAGGUUGGUAUUGGUGGUCGUCGUCGCAGAGGCAGGGGUGAAGGGGGUAUGAGCCGUCUCGAGAUGAGGAGGCAGGAAAGGCGUGAGCAUGGUGGCAUGAGGGGAAAACACCAUGAUCCGGUCUACCUCAUCAUCGAGAAUCAACCGCAGUGA